AGUGAUGAAACGCAGACAUAAGUAUGGUUUCCAGAUUGUUACAUUCUGGUUGGAAUACGAAUUCUGUUUAUGCCGGUAUUUUUGCUCGAUAUUGUCGGACAUGUCUCUUGUUUUGAUAACCGGUUCCUAUAACUUGUAAUGGUUGUUAUACGAAGUUCUCAUUAUAUUAUUAUAUGAAAUGUAUUGUCAAGUGUUAUUAUUUUACGUGUGAAAACAAAAGUUUCACCUUAUCGUUUAGAUUUUGAAUUGUUAUGAAUAUUUCACCUGCUUAUCAUAGCGCCGACUACGCUUCUUUUAUAUCUGCAUAACUUAAAUGAAUACCGUGAUUACAAGAUUGUAAACUUAUUAUGGUUCAGGAUAAUUCUCCUGGUUCUAAAGCUGGUUUAGAAGCAUUUUUUGAUUUUAUCGUAGCUGUUGGAAACACACGCUUGAAUCAAGAUAAUGAUACAUUGAAGGAAAUCUUAAAAGCAAAUAUUGAAAGGCCUUUGCGUAUGACUGUGUACAGUACAAAAACACAGACUGUUCGAGAUGUAGAAAUUACACCUUCAAAUACAUGGGGUGGCCAGGGCUUACUUGGAGUCAGCAUUCGAUUUUGUUCUUUUGAAGGGGUUAAUGAGAAUGUGUGGCAUGUUUUGGAAAUUCAGCCGCAUUCUCCUGCUGAUCUUGCUGGGUUUUAUCCGUUUGAUGAUUACAUCAUUGGAGCUGAUUCUGUUCUUCAUGAGUCAGAAGAUCUAUUCAGUUUAAUAGAAGCUCAUGAAGGGAAAGCAUUAACACUGUAUGUUUAUAAUGUUGUGUCUGAUUUAUGUCGAGAGGUUGUCAUAACUCCAAAUAAAAACUGGGGCGGUGAAGGAAGUUUAGGUUGUGGUAUAGGCUAUGGCUAUCUUCAUCGAAUUCCUUCUCGCCCAUCUAAAGUAGACGUUAAGAAACCUCCAUAUGCACAACUGCCUCAGAAUUCUCAAGCUGAUGGAUAUUCAUCAGUGCAAUUGAGUGCUGCAAGCCCCCCACCAGGCACACAGAAUUUCAGUUCUGGAUCUGAAGUAAAUGCAAAUCAGUUUUCAUCGCCAGCAUUGUCAACUCAAAAUUCUGCAUCCCUGCCAACAUCUUUGCCUCCAGCUGAACCUGUUGUUGUAGCUCCAACUGCUACUGUUGACAACAUUGAUGCUGUUAUGAACAACACACCAAAUGUACAACCUUUAACAACAACUCUCAGCUUACCUGGAAUGCCUGUGAUAACUGUGAGUUGCACUUUACCUACUGAUACCCUUGCAAGUUUAUCUGGUUCAUCUUCUGCACCUAUAAGCACAGCAGGCACUCCUAAUAUUGGUGACAACAGUUCUAACUCUCAUACAUCAUCAUUGAUGACAGCACCUCAGCAUGUAUAGGUUUACUGAUACUUGCAUAUUCUGUACUUGUGCUCCAGAAAUUAUGCAUGAAGAACUAUUGUACUAUGGCAACACUUUUAUAAAAUGUGCAUUUUUUAUGCUGUGGUACCAUAUUAAAAAAACUGAGAUAUGCAAUGGGUGAAUGAAAUACUGUAAUUUGUUGUUUUCAAAUUUAUAACCUUUUUUUUUUUUUUUUUUUUCUUUACAGCUCCUUCAUUUAAUGUUCAUUAAAAAAUAUUUGUAAACUAUUAAAUGGGUUUUGUUUGUUAUGUAUUUUUAAGAACUUGGAGCUGCUAGUCCAGUUCAUAAAGAUAAUCAAAUAUGCAAAUAAUAUAUUUUAAUAAGCAUUUUACAUAUCCUUAGCAUUUCAUUACUGUUUAAAAAUGUGGAUUUUUUUUUUAAACGUAGAAGUGGUGUUUUGACCUGGUAUAUAUGUAAUUUUAUGUGUGAAACUGAAAUAGUCCUUUUUUGUAAAUUAUUUCAUUAAUUUUGGACAUCUUCAGUUAAUUAUAUAGUAUUUUUCCUAAAUUAUUAUUUUAAGUAUGAAACAAUAUUUAAAUAUUAUUUUCCAUAUUUAUUUAUAGAAAAUGUAAAUAUGUGCCUAAAAUUUAAUUUUUUGUUUAUAAGUCUAAUAUAUAUAAUGGAACACAAAAUUUACAGUUUAAGGAUAAUUGCAUGUGAUCAAAUACUAAAAAAAUGUAUACUGAUAAUAAAAUUCAAAUAGUUAUUGUUCAAAUAGUGUUAAAAUUUGAAUAGAUAUUCAAAUAGAUUCACUGCAAUCUUCAGCAGAAAGGGGAGAUUUUACUACCCGAAUUUUUAAUGCUUUUGGUAUAAAUAAAAUAUGUUGUAUGAUCACAUUAGCACAGUAAUAAAGUAGAGACUGAAUCUAGUAUAUCAACCUCUUAGUUAACUCUUAUCUAAACUUAUAUUCUUUAAUGACUUCCUCAUCAUCACAGAUUAAUUUUGAUGUGUAGCAUAAAAUUUGUAUAUUUAUAUUUUAAGCUGUCAAACUGAGAAACAGGCUUUCACAAUUCUUGAAAUAUUAUGCAUAUCCUUACUGCUAAUCACCAUUAUAUAUUAUGAAUUAUAAAUUUCCAAAGUAUUACAAAUAUAGUAAUAGAGGACUUUUUGUGAUAUUGAGGGUUUGAUUUUAACUGAGCAAUAAAAAUAUAUUUUAUAUAAUCUCAGCAUUUCACAAAUUAAACAGAAUUCUGCUACUUAAUAGAAUCUCUUUGAGAAUCUUUUUCUCGGAUUUUUUAAUUUAUUUAUUUUACUGAGUCUGUCAAUUUUAAACUUAUUUUCAAAGUGUGAAAUGAGUAUCUUGAAACUUUGAAAAUUAGAAUAAUGUGUAUCUAAGCAGAUAGAUAUAUAAAUAGUUAGAAAUAUAAGCCAUUUAUAUUGAUUUGAGAAUAAACGAUCUUUUUAUUAUGUAUGAAUAAAAUCAUUUUAAUUGUAUAUUUAUAUUUAAAUGAUUUUUUAAUAUUAAUAUAAUGUAAACUCAGUGGGAACAUAUACACACACACAAAGGAAUCUUAAAAAAAUCUCUCAUUUUGUAAUUACUUCUGCAUUGUAUUUCCAAUUAUAAUAUGUUUUCCCUUCUGAAAUGACUCAUAAAUUCGAUUUAUAAGCUUUUGUGCAAUAACAAACUGAGCCUUAUGAUAAAAGUAGUUAUUUUUCUUUUGUUUUGUGCUAAUGCAUAUAUAAUCUUUUUUGUUGUUAGAGUUUUUGAGGUUUUUAUCAUACUUGGUUCCUAAUGGUAGUCUAUGUAAAAAAAAUAAAAAGUGGAUUUAUUUAUGUACUCAGUUUUAUAUCAGUCAUUCAUUAAAAAAAUAUUUUAAAGAAAGACACUUAAGGAAUGUAAUCUUUUUUGUGAAUUUAGACUUGCAAGUUUAUGUAUAUAUUUAUAAUGUAGAAAUUCAUUAUGUUCAAGAAAGAUAUUUGCAAUAAUUAAAUUCUUAAUUUUUUUUUUAAA